UUAAUAAAACUUCAUGAACAAAUACUAGUCAAUUUCCUCCGCGAACGCAUCGCAUCCUAAGCGACCAAACACACACCCGACCACGUGACGGAGAAGUUGAGGAUAAUGACGUCCUCGUCGGCGGCGAGGAACCAGCACCUGGAUGAGCUCCGCGCGCUCAUGGCGUCGCACUCGCCGCCGAUCCACGCGCUCCUCAUCCCCUCCGAGGAUGCCCACCAGAGCGAGUACGUGUCGGAGCGGGACAAGCGGCGGCAAUUCAUCUCCGGGUUCACUGGGAGCGCUGGGUUGGCCCUUAUCACUACAAAGGAGGCAUUAUUAUGGACGGAUGGACGAUACUUCUUGCAGGCCACAAAUCAACUUAGCGAUCGGUGGAGACUCAUGCGCAUGGGAGAAGACCCACCAGUCGAAGUCUGGAUAGCUGAUAAUCUCUCGGAUGAAGCGGUUAUUGGAAUUGAUUCAUGGUGCAUCUCUGUGGAUUCUGCUCAGAGAUAUGAGCAAGCAUUUUUAAAGAAGAAUCAGAUGUUGUUUCAGCUUUCCUCUGACCUCGUUGAUGAAGUUUGGAAAGAUCGUCCUCCGAAUGAUGCUACACCUGUAAUUGUGCACCCUGUAGAAUUUGCUGGGUGUAGUGUAGCACAAAAGAUGAAGCAGUUAAGAGAAAAGUUACAACAUGAAAAGGCUAGUGGCAUUAUAAUUACUGCCCUUGAUGAGGUUGCUUGGUUGUACAAUGUUCGGGGAAAUGAUGUGCAUUACAGCCCAGUGGUUCAUUCUUAUGCUAUUGUAACCCUGCAUGGUGCCUUCUUUUAUGUGGAUAAGAGAAAAGUAACAACUGAGGUUAAGAAUUACAUGUCUGAAAGUGGUAUUGAUAUCAGAGAGUAUGAUAUGGUUCAGCUGGAUGUGAGCUUGCUUGCAUCUGGACAGCUAAAAGGUUCUGCAGUUAAUGGUAGCUUGCACAUGGAAAAGGAUAUCAACGUGGCGGAACAUUCCAAAAUCUGGAUUGAUUCAAAUUCGUGUUGCCUUGCACUCUACUCAAAGCUUAGACCAGAUCAAGCUUUGAUGCUGCAAUCACCCAUUGCUCUACCAAAGGCUGUCAAGAAUCCCAUGGAGCUGACUGGUUUGAGGAAGGCACACAUUCGAGAUGGCGCAGCUGUUGUGCAAUACCUGGCCUGGCUGGAUAAUCAGAUGCAAGAGAACUAUGGGGCCUCUGGUUACUUCAGUGAGGCCAAUGGAUCACAGAAAAAAGAGCAUUUGGAAAUAAAACUUACUGAGGUUUCUGUCAGUGAUAAGCUCGAAGCCUUCCGUGCGGAGAAAGAGCAUUUUAAAGGUUUAAGUUUUCCUACGAUAUCAUCUGUGGGGCCAAAUGCAGCAAUAAUUCACUAUUCUCCUGAGGCAAAUACAUGUGCAGAACUUGAUGCUGAUAAAAUAUAUCUCUGUGACUCUGGGGCACAGUAUCUGGAUGGCACUACAGACAUUACAAGAACUGUACAUUUUGGUAAACCCUCAGAGCAUCAGAAAUCAUGCUACACAGCUGUCUUGAAAGGCCACAUUGCCCUAGAUGCUGCUGUGUUUCCUAAUGGGACCACAGGUGAGUCGUUUUUUCACUGUUCUUAUGACGUGAACUCUUGUGCCUUCUCAAGAAAUCUAUGCAUAUGCAUAGCACUGUGCAGGCAAAGCUUUUGUAGAGAAAAUUAUCUAAAUAUUGUAAAAGUUUGACAUGUGAUCAGCCAU